GUUCCCAUCAGACUCUUAAGGCAGGAGGUGGGCCGGAAUAGAGAUUGCCCGAGCCUUCGGAGCAGGGACGGGCUCUUUCCGCAGUUGACUUCUGCAGGAAGGGUGCAACAGAAGGAAAGAGAAGCUGAAAAAUUCUAGGCUGGUGAUUCUGGAUGCUGCAAGGAAACCCUAGUUUUUCAUGUUCUCUUCCCCAUCUCAGUCAUCUGAGGACACUGCCAUUUCCCAAGAGAAGAGCUAAGAGGAGGAAAGAAUGGCUGUUGGACUUCUUAAAGCCAUGUACCAGCUGAUUCCCACCUCAUUCAGGAUAAAUGCUGAAGUCCUUGCCUUAGCCUGCAAGGCCGUACAUAAUCUGGUCCACUUUUUGAGCUCAGGAGUUGGUAACCUUCAGAGAUGUGGCUGUAGAUUUCUCCCAAGAGGAGUGGGACUGUCUAAAUUCUUCUCAGAGGCAUCUGUAUAGUAAUGUGAUGUUGGAGAACUACCGGAUCUUGGUGUCCCUAGGACUUUGCUUUUCUAAGCCAAAUGUGAUAUUAUUGUUGGAACAAGGGAAAGAGCCCUGGAUGGUGAAGAGAGAGCUGGCAAAAGGCUUGUGCUCAGGCUGGGAAUCUAUGUGUGACACUGAAGAAUUAACUUCAAAGCAGAACAUUUAUGAAGCACAGUCAUCACAGAAGAUAAUAGAAAAACUCACAAGCUAUGGCUUUGAGUAUUCUAGUUUGAGAGAAGAAUGGAAAUGUGAGGGCAAUUUUGAGAAACAGUCAGUUAAUCAGAAGGCAUGUUUCAAGGAAAAGACAAUCACUCAUGAAGAAGCCCUUAUUAAUAAAAGAGCACACGAAUAUAACAAAUCUUGGGGAGGUUUCCAUCUGAACACACUGCUUCAUACACAACAGAUAAUCACCAAAGAGGAAAAAGUACAUAAGCAUGAUACACAUAAGAAAAGCUUUAAAAAAAAUUUAAUGGCCAUUAAGCCCAAGAGUAUCUAUACAGAGAAGAAACUCUUGAAAUGUAAUGACUGUGAAAAAGUCUUUAGCCAGAGCUCAUCUCUUACUCUUCAUCAAAGAAUUCAUACUGGAGAGAAACCAUAUAAAUGUGUAGAAUGUGGAAAAGCCUUUAGCCAGAGAUCAAAUCUUGUUCAACAUCAGAGGAUUCAUACUGGAGAGAAACCCUAUGAAUGUAAGGAAUGUAGGAAAGCCUUCAGUCAGAAUGCACACCUUGUUCAACAUCUGAGAGUUCAUACUGGAGAAAAACCUUAUGAAUGCAAGGUGUGUAGGAAAGCCUUUAGCCAGUUUGCUUACCUUGCUCAACAUCAGAGAGUUCAUACUGGAGAGAAACCUUAUGAAUGUAUUGAAUGUGGGAAAGCAUUUAGCAAUAGAUCAUCCAUUGCUCAACACCAGAGAGUUCAUACUGGUGAGAAACCGUACGAAUGUAAUGUCUGUGGAAAAGCAUUUAGCCUUCGUGCAUACCUUACUGUACAUCAGAGAAUACAUACUGGAGAGAGACCUUAUGAAUGUAAGGAAUGUGGGAAGGCUUUCAGCCAGAAUUCACAUCUUGCUCAACAUCAGAGAAUUCAUACUGGAGAAAAACCUUAUAAAUGUCAAGAAUGUAGGAAAGCAUUCAGCCAGAUUGCCUACCUUGCCCAACAUCAAAGAGUUCAUACUGGAGAGAAACCCUAUGAAUGUAUUAAAUGUGGAAAGGCUUUUAGCAAUGACUCAUCCCUUACUCAACAUCAGAGAGUUCAUACUGGAGAGAAGCCUUAUGAAUGUAAUGUUUGUGGAAAGGCUUUUAGUUACUGUGGAUCCCUCGCCCAACAUCAGAGAAUUCAUACUGGAGAGAGACCUUAUGAAUGUAAGGAAUGCAAGAAAACUUUCAGGCAGCAUGCACACCUUGCUCAUCAUCAGAGAAUCCAUCUUGGGGAAUCACUCUCACCACCCAAUCCAGUCAAUCACCAAGUCCUCUAGACAUUCUAUAAAUAUUUCCAGAAUUUAUACUCUUUUCUCUAUGUCUAAUGUUGCCAUAGUCUACAAUUCAUCUCACCUGGAUCACCAUGCUGUAGCUUUCUAACAUG